AUGCAUGCGCUGCAGGAGGGGACACCUUUUGCAGCAGGGAGCAGCAGCACAGCAGCAAGACUAAACGUGCUGCAGCAGCAGCAGCAGCAGCAGCAGCAGCAGAUGAUGCUUGGUUCUUCAGCUAGUGGCGGAGGGGGAGCAGCAGCUCCAGAUGCUGCAGCAGCAGCAGCAGCAGCAGCAGCAACAGCAGCACCGCAGUCAUCAUCAUCAACAGUACCAACAGCAACAGCAGCAACAGCAGCAGCACCAGCAGCAGCAGCAGCAUUAGUUGGUCGUGCUGCAGUAGGUUUAGGGUGUCUCCCCUUAGCAGCAGCAGCAGCAGGUCGGGUGUCUCCUCAUCCUGCUCUUGCUGUUAAUAAGGAGACAGUUGUGUGUCUCUCCCUUCAAUUAGAGGCACAGCAGCAGCAGCAGCAGCAGCAGCAGCAGCAGCAUGCAGCAGCAGGAAGCAGCAGCAGCAGCAGCAAUAUAGAUCCUUCCUCUAUAGGGUAUUGCUGCCAACGUGUGCUGCUGCCUGAUGCUGCUGUGCUGCUGCAGCAGGUUGUGCUGCUAGCAGCAGGAGAGCAGAUCCAUCCUUUAUUACAUCGUCAGCAGCAUCAACAGCAGCAGCAGCAGCAGCAACAACAACAACAACAACAACAGCAACAGCAACAGCAACAGCAACAGCAACAGCAGCAGCAACAGCAGCAGCAGCAGCAGCAGCAAGAAAGUGUCUCCUUCCCCUCCCCUCGUGCUGCUGCUGUUAAUGUAUUCGUUAGGGUUAUUAAUAAGGGGUCUCCUUCUUAUGUCUCCUUAGUGCAGCGGCUGCCUGCUUCCUCCCCUGCUGCUGCUGCUGCUGCUGCUGCAGCUGCUGCAGAACAAGACCAACAACAACAACAGCAGCAGCAGCAGCAGCAGCAGCAGCAGCAUGAAUGGGUCUCCUUAAUGCCAAGAAAAGGAGACAAUUGUCUCCUUAUUGAUGAAUUUAUUUUUUGUGGAUUUUUUUUGCGUCUUUCUGCUGCUGUUAUAGGUAUAGGUAUUAAUAAGCUACAAUACUUCACAGCAACAAGGGCAUUACCUGGCGUCAUUAACUACCGUGGCUUAGAGGAGACAGUUGCUGCUGACAUACAGCCACCAGCAGCAGCAGCAGCAGCAGAAGCUGCUGCUGCUGCUAAGGAAGGAGGGGCAGCAGAUGCCACAGUAGCAGCAGCAGCAGCAGCAGACAAGGAGACAGUGCUGCUGCCGCGCAUAAGGCCGCUGCCUUUCUUGCCUACUGCAGCAGAUAUCCUAUGGGGGAUAGGACCAGCAGCAGCAACAGCAGCAGCUGCAGCAGCAACAGCAGCAGCACCAGAAGAGGAGACAGUUGCCAAUGCAGCAGUGCAGCAGCUCUGUCUACGCAUGCGUGCCUGGCUGCGGCAGCAGCUGCUGCUGCCGCUGCAGCAGCAGCUCGCUGCAUACCUUCCCUCUCCCUCUCAGCUGCAACACCCAGCAGCAGCAGCAGGUGCAGCAGCAGCAGCAGCAGCAGGAAGUAGCCGCGGGAAAAGGAGACACUAUGAUGUUGAUAGCCAAGGAGAAAGCUCUUUGUCUCCUACUGCAGCAGCAGCAGCAGCAGCAGAGGAAGCAGAAGAUGCUGCUGCAGCAGGACAUACACCUGACGCAGCAGCAGACGUUGAUGCAGAUGACGAUACAAUGCAUGCAGACACAAGUGCAGCAGCAGCAGCUGCAGCAGCAGAUGAAGAAGAGGAAGCAGCAGCAGCAGCAACUGCAGCAAAUGAUCUUUAUGAUGCUGCAGCAGAAGACGAAGAAGCAGCAGCUGAAGCAGUAGCAGAAGCAGCAACAGAAGCAGAAGCAGCAGCAGCAGCAGAAGCAGAAGCAGCAGCAGACGCAGCAGCGGCAGCAGCAGCUUCUGGAGACUCAGCAGCAGGUGUAGAUUCGGCCACAGAAACACUUAUGGACAACAACAGCAGCAGCAGCAGCAGCAGCAACGGCAGCAGCAGUAGCAGCAGCAGCAGCAGCACGGAGCAGAAGGUGCAGCCGCUGCCUAGUGUGCUGCAUGUCCCUCUUCCCUCUCCUGCAGCACUUGCUGAGUUGUUGCUGCUGGUGUCUCGUUUGCUGCAGCAGAUGCCAUCUGCUGCUGCUGCGCCUCCUGAGGGGCUGCUGCCUGCUGCUGCUUGGAGGCUGUUGGUUGCUGCUGCAGCUGCUGCAGUUAGCGACAUGCAUGCACAACUACGCCGCCAGCCUGCAUGCGCUGCAGCAGCAGCAGCAGCAGCUAGCAGCGCCAUAGAGUGUCUCCUUUUGGAGGGGCUAGUGCAUGCGGACCAGCUCAAAGCAGCAGUAGCAGCAGCAACAGCAGCAGCAGCAGCAAAAGCAGAAGCAGCAGAGGAUGCUGCAGCAGCAGCAGCUGCUGCUGCAGCAGGGACGAAUUGCUGCAGCACAUCCUACAAGGAAUGUAAAUCAGUGCAGCAGCCCUUUAGCGAGCUGCACUUUGCAUGCGACCAGCAGCAGCAGCAGCAGCAGCAGGAAG